GUUCCAGAAGAAAUUUUAAUUAACUUAAAAAAGAAUAUACGCAUUUUGCCUCGGUAAUCUCUUAGACUAAGCGAAGGGACUGUCGAGUGAGCAAAAAACGUCGUGUGCGUAUGCGUGUGUUAGCUUGACUUUCUCCACAAGGAAAAGAGGAAGCAGUUCCGCCCUCGCAAGCCGCCGUGACUUUAGAUAGCAGAGGGAAAGCAAAGAAGCAAAACGACGACUGCGUUCAAAGAGUCAAACUUCUCAGAAAAAAAAUUCCGCGGUUUUGUAACUGUCCUUUGUUGAGCUAACAUUCCGGGGAUUUUUCCCGUUCCCAGUUGGUGGUGCGUUUAUAACCUAGUAAAAAUGAAAUUCACGUUACCAGCUGAAGUUUGAAGUUGUUCUCGUACAACUAACCGCUCGCUAUCAGGAUUGGAUUUGAACUUUGAGCUAGUCGGUUGACAGAUUUUGUUGCUAUUAGUCCGGACAAGUUAAAAAAAAAUGAGCGGAGAGGAAGAAAGAUUCAAACUGGUGGUGGUGGGAGGUGGAGGAGUUGGGAAGAGCGCCCUGACCAUCCAGUUCAUUCAGUCCUACUUUGUGUCAGACUACGACCCGACCAUUGAAGAUUCCUAUACGAAGAUCUGCACUGUGGAUGGAAAGGAGACCCGUCUGGACAUCUUGGAUACAGCAGGUCAGGAAGAGUUUGGGGCAAUGAGAGAGCAGUACAUGCGCUCGGGAGAAGGCUUCUUGCUCGUGUUUGCACUCAACGACCGGGGGAGCUACCAUGAAGUCCAGAAGUUUCACACCCAGAUCCUUCGAGUGAAGGAUCGGGACGACUUCCCCAUGCUGCUGGUCGGAAACAAGGCAGACCUGGAGCAACAAAGAGUGAUAUCCAGGGAGGACGCUCAGGCAUUUGCCAGAGAAAAUAGGAUCCACUAUAUGGAGGCUUCAGCUAAGAAUCGCUACAAUGUGGAUGAAGCCUUCUUGGAGCUAGUGCGAAUUGUCAGAAGGUUUCAGGAAAUGGAGUGUCCUCCCCCUCCUACUCAUCAUACUGGGAAGCAGAAGAGUGGUGGCUGUCCCUGCGUUCUUCUCUAAGCAGCCUUCCUAAGGACACCAAAGCCUCUCCAGCUUGUCCAAAAAAAGAAGUGGGUUAGAUUGAGGGAGAGAUGGAAUUAAAAGGUGCAUUAUUUAUCCAUGUAAUGGAUUCAUUUGCACUUUUACCAAAAGCAAUUUAUAAUUCCAUAUCAUUAUUUUAGUUUAAGGGAAGAGCUUUCAACAGCAGCAAGAAUAGUUCUGUUGGAGACAUGGGAUAAUAAUGACGUGACUGUAUAUAGUUACAGUCCAUAAAAAGACACCCUCAUAUUACGACGUGCUAUAAAUAUUUUGUUGCUGUUGUGGCAUUCGGGUACUGGUGUCAGCGAGACGUCACCGCAUUAGGUACUCUAACUCCUGCCGUAAUGCUGAGUUAGUUAAUGCAGAAAAAUCAAUCUACGUACAGUAACAGAAAUGAUGUGUGUCACACCCAAUCAUGACGCAUCAUUGCGUGGUAAUGUUCCAAGCUGUCCUGCAGGGGGUAGCAGAUCACAGCAGCAGCAAAGCAUUGGAACAGCAAAUGAGUUAGAACAUUCUGGUAUUUUCUCCAAACAUUUCAGCCAAUAUGACUGCCUCAGACACUGUAAAUAGAGUUCAAAUUAUUUCUCGACAGUAUUCGGAAAGUGGGUUUAUGCAGGGGUGGACUGAACCACAAUUUGACUAAAUUACACACUUAUUCUGCAUUUCAACAUUUGAGAGAUUGGCAACCGAAAUUAUGGUAUAAAUGCGAUGAACGUGGAAACUGACAACUCAAAGAUAUGCACUUGACUUUUAGUGAUGCAGCUUUACCUUUUAUCAAACCUUCAUUGAAUUCCAUAAAUAUAUGCAAAUGGUUUACAAGAAUAUUUUGACCAAAACUAGUUGACGCAUUUAGUUUAUUCAUGCUCAUGCUUUGUAUUAUGAACAUACUGUACAAACCUUGUUGACAUUAACCCUUUCAGGGGCAGUGGUCACCACAGUGGAAAGUUAUUUAAAAGCUGACACUAAAGACGGUGAACAUUUCAAAGGUCAACUGACAAUUUUGGGGCCCUUUCAUGCACAAAUUAUGAUUUUUGGUCUCAAAACUAUAGGGGGCAAUUGCGGCCUGCAGGACACUAUUUUGUGGCCCACAUUUGACAUCUAAUUGUGUGGCUCGCUUGUAUUUUGCUAUGGGCAGUAAAAAAGAAAUGAAUAAUUUUAAAUCAAUUAAAUUAAUUAUUAAAGGAUCUGUUUAGGGCAACAAAACAAAUAGAGAAAAAAAGAAUUUAAAACCACAAAUAAAAAAAAACCCUUUAGUAAUAAUGAAUUUAAAUAAAAUUAUAUUUUAACAUAAAUUGUAAUAAAAAAAAUUUUUAAAAAUGAAAGUAUGAUCCAUGCAUAGGCGGAGUUUGACUUUUGGGGCGGGGGGGCACAAGAUGUUAAUGACCCCGAAACGCAGUGUCAGCAAUCAAAUUAACUACAAGAAUAUUUAUAAUAAUAAGUUGAAAAUGAGCAUUGUUUUUUUUUUUUGUCUCCCGUUAUUAUUGAUUGGAAUUCUAAACCAGGCUGGUUGCAGGACAGCUAUACUUUUCACCAAGAUCAUCAUCCGUUGAAUAUGGUACGCCCGCCGGUGUCGUGCCAAUGUAGUUACCUCAGUCAAAAAUUGUAUCCCCUGGGCGGAGCCAUAUGGAGGUAGAUUUGUGUCUUCAUUAGUCGAUCCAAAAAAAUGCUUCAAUCAAAACAAAAAGUUGCCUCAAUUAAAAUAUAUAUUCAAUUCAAUAUUUCAAUAAAAAAAUGUCACUUCAAUCAAAAAAAACAAAACAAAUGCGUUUCAAUGCAAAAAUAAAUCUGAAACCCCAAAAAUUCAUUUGAAAGCUUUUUAUUUUAUAUAUAUAUUUUUUUAUUUAAGUCAAUUUAAAAAAAAAUUUUUUUUUUUUGAUUAAGUAAUGUUGUUUUGUGUUUGGGCCACAUUUUGGCUAGGACAUUUGUGUCUUUAUUAUUCAAUCAAAAAUUAAGUUGCUUCAUACAAAAAAAUAUAUUUCAAAAGAAAAAUCACUUCAAUCAAAAAAAAAAAAAAUUUCACUCAAAGUUUUUGAAUGCAAAAAAUAUUUGAGGCUCAAAAAUUUGCAUUUGAACACUUAAUUUUUCAUUAAAAAAGUUUUCUUUGAUUUUAGCAAUCCUUUUUGUGUUUGGGCCACAUUACAGGUUGGACAUUUGUGUCGAAAUCAUUUAAUCCUCCAAAAAGUUGCUUCAACCAAAAAAAAAAAAAUUUCAAUCAAAGAAAAAAAUAAUUUGAAAAAUAAAAUUGGCCUCUCCUAUUUUAUUUUAUUUUUUAAAUAAUAUGCAAAGCAAAUGACCGUCCAAGGUGGUAGUCACAUGAUCUGUUCAAAAAAUAAUUUUGACCCAUUAUAAAAAUAUCUUUUUUUGUUCAUUUCAUUCAUUUUUGUUGUUUAUUUUUUUGCUUUGCGAAUUUUACAUAUACAGGAAAGUCAAUUACAUGCAAUGACACUUUUCGGCCACCAAGGGGGGCCUGGCCCUCCUGCCCCCCCUUAAACUCCAAUUAUGAGUCCAUGUGUACUAUUUUGCUUUCAAAAUUUAUCUGUUUUGUUUUGUUGUGGUCCUCACAUAGCUUCACUCUUUGUCUGCCAUUGACGGCAAUAAACGUCUAAUCCAUUUGAACUGGGAGAAGCUGGAAGAGAUCAAAUGAUCCCAGUUCAGUCGCCCAUCCCAGUCAAUAUGGAUUGGACGUCAAAUGCAGUCAAUAGGUGUUUUCAAUAUCUAUUUCUAUAUCUAUUUUUACUAAAUACAACUAUGUUCGAUCAUUCGCCCCUCCCAGUCAAAAUGGACUAGACGUCAAAUACUGUCAAUGGCAGCCAAUGAAUUAAAAGAGUGCCAUGUAAAGGCAUAGACUUCAUCAUGAUAUUGACGGGGCACGGGGCCGAAUAAUAGGAGGGCGUGCAUUCUUGGCGUGGUCUUCAAAGCUGACCAAGUGGAAUUGCAGACAAAGAGCUUUUUUUCGUUGAAAAUUCUUGUGAAUAAAUGCUUAAAUCCCUGAAUUUUUAAUUGAUAUGGACAUAAAAGAGUCUCGAUUCUUGGUUAAAAGCAAAAAAAAAAAAAAAAAAAAACAUGCAGUUAGCAUUUAUUUUACGUAAAUAUGUUGACGUAUGAUGCUAGUCUGUUAGUCAAUGUGGCGGCCGCCUUAUGUAAACGGAGCUUUUCCGGUGAACAUUUUUGUGAAUAAAUGGUUAAAUCCCUGAAUUCUUUAUAGAUAUGGACGUGAAACAGUCUCGAUUCUUGGUUAAAAGCAAAAAAGAAAAAAAAACAUGCAGUUAGCAUUUAUUUUACGUAAAUAUGUCGAAGGAUGAUGCUAGUCUGUCAGUCAGUGUGGCGGCCGCCAUAUGUAAACAGCUUUCCGGUGAAAAUUCUUGUGAAUAAAUGCUUAAAUCCCUGAAUUCUUUAUACUGUAGAUAUGGACGUAAAACAGUCUCGAUCCUUGGUUAAAAAAAAAAAAAAAAAAAAACGUGCUGUUAGCAUUUAUUUCACAUAAAUAUGUCGAAGUACGAUGCUAGUCUGUCAGUCAAUGUGGUGGCCGCCAUAUGUAAACAGAGCUUUUCCAUUGAAAAUGCUUGUGAAUAAAUGGUUAAAUCCCUGAAUUCUUUAUAGAUAUGGACGUAAAACAGUCUCCAUCCUUGGUUAAAAGCACAAAAAAAACAUGCAGUUAGCAUUUAUUUUAUGUAAAUAUGUCAAAGAAUGAUUCUAGUCUUUUAGACAUGUGGUGGCAGCCUUACAACAAAGCUUUUUAUGUUGAAAAUUCUUGUGAAAAAAUAAUUACCUUGAAUUCUCGAACAAAUCACACCUGAGACAAUCCUUCCUGUUUGUAUGCGCUACAGCUUUCGUACUUUUUCAACAUAAAUCCGGCGUUGGAUCGCUGCAUGUGUUGCUGCGACCGACUGCGAAUAACUGACGCGGAUUGUGGGAUGGCCCCCUACUUGAAGGCGUGGCGCAGUGAAGGUCAAAGGUCGAAUCUGACCUGUCAAUAUCAUUAUGAAGUCUAUGGUAAAGGUUAAAAAAGUCAUAAUUCCUGCAUGAAAGGGUCUCUGUAUAUCUUCCUCUUUUGGCGGUUCAUUUCUUUCAUAGACACUGAUUCACUCAAGCCAUUUUUUUUAUCAAAGAAAUAGGGUUUAGUCUUCAAGGCUCAUGUUUACUGUAAUUAGGCAGAUUAGGGAAAACAUUUUUUUACUGGACUAUGGAGUACCUGUUUUGAUGGUUGCCUACAUUAUCAUUAGAGUACAGUAUUCUGAAGAUGUUUUAAACCCAACAUUUGUGAAGAUUUUUUUCUAUUCAACACCUUUUGGGACUUUGUGCUACAGAGCCCAACCCAAUUACAGCAAACGCUUACCAAGACAGUAGCAUGCAUACUAUUGGCUUGUUUGAUCUUGCCAGGUGCAUUUGUGAAGAUUGAGUUUUAACUUUCAAAAUGUUGUGACUUUUAUUUGGAUGUUUAUUGAAGUAACGAAAAGGUUUGUAGCGUGAAAACAUAAAGAUCAGAUUUUUUUUUUCCCCCAACUAAGACUGAUAAGUGCCACAUGCAGUGAGUGGUGUUAAUAAUUGGGGAGUAUUUUCCUUUGCCAAAUAAUCCUGUUUUACAUGUCUUUUUAUAUGUAAUGCUUUGGGCUGUGUAGAUCCAUGUCCUAUUUUUUGGAAUGAAUUAUUUGCAUUAUACGUAUAUUAUAUAUUACAAAUUGCAAUUAAAAUGUUUUGACUUA